ACUCAACCCCCUAAGCAAGAGGUUCACGGUGCAAUAUCUCAUAUCGCCUAGAUACGUCUACUACCCUUGCACGAUCGGGUAGAUAAUAAUUGACGAUCGUCUUACAUACAUAUCUCCUGUAUCUACGGUAGGUAUAGCGCAUGUGAACGUGAAUGUAACCCACAUCAACCGGCCAAGCUAAGAGCUCUUAUCUAUCACUCCGGACUUGAAGGGCGGGGUUAGCAAUGGAAUGCGCCGAAGAUCGCAAGAGUACGCGACUAUAUUCCCUACUAUACGGGUAGUGGCAGAGGCGAUGAGUGGCUUGGUCAACGUCUCACAAAGGAUAUACUCCUCAGUUCAUGCAACACUUACAAAUUAUAUAUCACCACUAGCAACUGAAAUAGGUAUACGGAAAACAUGUCGACUGUAGAUAUCGGCGUCUUCAUCCCCAUCGGCAACAAUGGCUGGCUCAUAUCCACGACGUCGCCCCAGUACAUGCCCAGCUUCGAGCUGAACAAGCAGAUCGUCCAGAAGGCGGAGGCGUACGGCUUCGACUUCGCGCUAUCUAUGAUCAAGCUCCGCGGCUUCGGCGGCAAGAGCGAGUUCUGGGACCACAAUCUGGAGUCCUUCACGCUCAUGUCCGCCCUCGCCGCCGUGACUUCCAAGAUCAAGCUAUUCGCCUCGGCCGCCAUACUCACGCUGCCCCCGGCGAUCGUCGCCCGCAUGGCCAGCACGGUCGACUCGGUGGCUCCCGGCCGGUUCGGCGUGAACAUCGUCACGGGGUGGCAGUCGGCCGAGUACUCGCAGAUGGGGCUGUGGCCGGGCGACGAGUACUUCGGGUACCGGUACGACUACGCGACGGAGUACGUGCAGGUGAUGCGCGAGCUGUGGGAGCGCGGGUCCUCGGACUUCAAGGGCGCGCAUUUCAAGAUGGACGACUGCAAGCUGUCGCCGCGGCCCCGCGACGGCGGCGGCGUCAAGAUCGUGGCGGCGGGCCAGUCCGGGCGAGGCGUCGAGUUCGCGUCGCAGCUGGCGGAUUAUAAUUUCGCGCUGGGCGCCGGGAUCAACACGCCGACGGCGUUCGGGCAGGCGACGGCGCGCCUCGUCGAGGCGGCGGUGAAGACGGGCCGCGACGUCGGCUCGUAUGUGCUGUUCAUGGUGAUCGCGGACGAGACGGACGAGAAGGCGAUGGCGAAGUGGAAGCUGUAUAAUGAGGGCGCGGACGCGGAGGCGCUGGCCUGGAUGAAGUCGCAGUCGUCGAAGGACGUCAAGGCCGACGCGCACUCGACGGCUAAGAGCCUGGAAUUGCCUGAGGGCGCGGUGAACCUCAACAUGGGCACGCUGAUAGGCAGCUACGCGACGGUGGCGCGCAUGCUGGACGAGGUGGCGGGCGUGGAGGGAACGAAGGGGAUCAUGCUUACGUUUGACGACUUCCUCGCGGGCGUGGAUGCGUUCGGCAAGGAGAUUCAGCCGCUGAUGAAGAGUAGGCAGGGCAGGGUGUAAGGGAGAGGUGAGAUGGGAUAUGAUUUAUGGGUGAUUCGGGCCGCGCGUGGUCGGCGGUGACUAGUCAAGUACCCGAGUAGGUUGGGUAUGUUGAUGAUAAUUUUAUUACAUUAAUUCUUCCCUAGCUUUCAGCAUUUCCAUCCGGAUGAAAAGAUCCCUUCGAACAAGUGAGUUGUAUGUGACUCUUGAAUGAGUAGGUACCUGAACACUUUCCGAUUAAGCCGACAUCUCCAAAACUUGUGCUGCUAUAGAAUUUGCCGCCCUUGGAAUUGUAGCUUGUGACUCUCUCGCAUUCUCUUAUGAGGAGUCGCAAUUUCUGUUACACGGCGUACUGUCUAGGUCGCCUUUCAUUUUAAAGUAGCAAUGGUUCGACACUCUGUGGAAAGCAUAGAUCAAAGCGUCCUGAGAAACUCCAAAGAUUCUCGAAUUUCGAGUUGUUUGCUUUUAGCGGUAUUUGCUUCUUCCUAGGUAGGAAUUAGAAAAACAAAGUUUCCGAGCUCCCUUAGUGCAGGUCCAGAAUUUCUCCACGGAACAGAGCCGAUCUACGUAGCCGCCCGAACG